UGGAAUUUAAGCCGAAAAUUAAGACAUCAGAAGAAAUCAGCAACACCGCGGUAGCAAUUAUCGAAACAGAACCUGAUCUAUGGAGCGAGUUUGAUGGCCUAUAUGUAACAAUGAUGGAGGAGCGAGCCCGAGCUCGACUUGUCACAUCUCAGCAAGGAGAAGGCAAAUCUUGUAAGGGAGUGGGUCAGCAGCUAUGCGCCGAGGAAGACACGCAAAACGCCAGUGGAGAUGAAAAUUUUGUUGGCCGACGAAACACCAUUAUACGCGGGGCCACGACGUAUGUCACACGCAGGCAAGUGCAGCGUGGAGGAGCAGGUAGCAACAUGGAUGAGAGAGCAACAUGGAUACAACGCAGCACAUCGGAGUACGCAUCGCCUGUCCUAUUGGUCGCUAAGAAAGAUGGCAGCAAGCGCCUUUGCUGCGAUUACAGACGGCUCAACGAGAAGAUAGUAAGGGACAAUUUUCCGAUGCCACUAAUCGACGAUGUGGUUGAAAGGUUGCACGCGCCAAACGUUUUUGCUACACUCAAUCUCACCAAUGGAUUCUUCCAUGUACCGGUUGAGGCUAGUUCGAGAAAGUACACUUCAUUCGUGACUCACAAUGAACAAUACGAAUUCCUUUACGUCCCGUUUGGAAUUUCGAACUCGCCGGCCGUGUUCUCCAGGUUCAUUUUUGCAGUUUUCCGUGACAUGAUACAAAACGGUACCCGUCGACGCUUACAUGGACGACCUCAUCAUUCCCGCCAAGGAGAUCAACGAGGAAGUCCAAAAGGUGGGAGCCGUUUUUGGGCUACGUUAUACAAGAGGGUACUAUCAGGCCAUCUGAGGCUAAGACGAGGGCGGUCGAAAACUUUCCAAUACCACAGGAUCGUAAGGCUGUGCAACGGUUUUUGGGCCUGACAUCCUAUUUCAGGCGAUUCAUAGAGGGGUAUGCAGUGGUCGCUAAACCACUUUCGGACCUUCUGCGACGCGAUGCGAAAUUUACGAUAAAAGAAGAGCAGCUACUGGCAUUCAAACAAUUGAAGGCUCCAGUAUUGCGGUUAUACAAUCCCAAGGCGAUGACGGAGGUGCACACGGA